AUGGCGUCCCGGCCGAUCGUUCUGAGAUUUGAAAGCCGAAACGGUCAGUUCCGGCUGACAGUCAGCCCACAAGAACUCUUUCCAUCGCUCAAGCAGAAGAUUUUAGAGCACCUCCCUCCGGACACUGAGCCAUCUUCGAUCAGCCUAUCCAACAGGCCUAUAGGUACUGGUAGUGAUGAAAGAUACUUGGAUGGUCUCGAGGGUAUUGCUCUUGAGAGUGUUGGUCUAGGACAUGGAGACAAGUUGUAUCUUGGCUACAAAGAAAAGCAAAGCUUACAGGAUGGUGCUGCAAAUGGCUAUGCUAAGAAUGAAUCCUCUCGGCGCCUGAACGGGGCCCCCGUCCCGCAAACCGAAACUGUUGCGAUCCGCCCUCAACCUACCUCGCCGACCGCUAUAAUCAAAAACCCCUGGGAUGUGGUCCAGCAGUCACCGCUGGAUGAUGCGUUGGACAAGAAAGAUGGGAAAAUUAAGCGUAACCGUGAUAUGAAGAUGUGCAAGCAUGGCCCCAAAGGCAUGUGCGAUUAUUGCAUGCCGCUGGAGCCCUAUGAUCCAAAAUAUCUUGCAGAGAAGAAGAUCAAGCAUUUGUCGUUCCACUCGUAUUUGCGAAAGAUCAAUGCCGCAACCAACAAGGCCGAGCUCAAGAGCUCUUUCAUGCCUCCGCUGAGCGAACCAUACUACCGAGUACGACGAGAUUGCCCGUCUGGACAUCCGCCGUGGCCCGAGGGGAUCUGUACCAAGUGCCAACCGAGUGCCAUUAGCUUGCAGCCCCAGGAAUUUCGGACGGUAGACCAUGUGGAGUUUGCUUCACCUGAUCUCAUCAACUCGUUGCUCGACUUCUGGCGUAAGUCGGGUGCUCAGCGAUUGGGCUUCCUUUACGGUACCUACGAAGAGUACACCGAGGUUCCUCUGGGAGUCAAAGCUGUGGUUCAAGCAAUCUAUGAGCCACCGCAAGUGGAUGAGAUUGACGGGGUUACGCUUCAUGAGUGGCAGAAUGAAAAGGAAGUAGACGAGGUCGCACGCCUGUGUGGCCUUGAGAAAGUCGGAGUCAUCUUCACUGACUUGCUAGAUGCUGGGCAAGGAGACGGUUCAGUUAUCUGCAAACGACACAUAGAUUCGUACUACCUUUCAUCCCUAGAGGUUAUAUUUGCGUCGCGGUUACAAGCCCAAUAUCCGAAAGCGACGAAGUGGAGCCGAUCUGGCCGGUUUGGUUCCAAUUUCGUCACCUGUGUUCUCAGCGGAGACGAAGAAGGCGCUAUAACGGUGAGCGCUUACCAAGCGUCGGUUGCAGCCGUUGAGAUGGUUCGAGCAGACAUCGUUGAGCCUUCUGCGGAGCCCUCGGUCAUGCUGGUACAGUCGGAAGAGGACGACACUGAGAACAAGUCACGAUAUAUACCUGAAGUCUUUUACCGCAAGAUUAACGAGUAUGGUGUCAGCGCGCAGCAAAACGCAAAGCCAGCUUUCCCUGUUGAGUAUCUUUUCGUCACCUUAACUCACGGCUUCCCAACGGAAUCAUCCCCGCUUUUUGUUGAAGGUAAAUUCCCAAUCGAGAAUCGCGAAGUUAUCGGUGAAAGCCAGGAGCUCCGCCACGUCGCUCAGAAGCUUGUCUUCCACGGUGAUCCUGACAAGGCAAUCCGAGCCGUGUCCGAUUUCCAUCUCCUAUGCUUCCUUCACUCUCUGUCUACAUUCAGCAAGGAGGAAGAAGCACUGCUCGGCCGCGUUGCGACAAAGCAUGACCCUGCAGACGGAGUUCAGUUGAUACACACCCCCGGGUGGGCGACGUUGGUCACAAUUCUUCAGGAAAGUGGUGAGCGCCCCCCUAAGCGCCCCUGGCUGAAUUCGGCCGAUUCUCCACGCCCAGUGCCCCAAACCGGAAAACGUUUAUUCCCCUCAAGGCCUGAGUCUCCAAAAUCAGAAAGUGAACAGCUUGCUAAGAGGUUCAAGGGAGCUAGUCUAGAGUGACUGCUCGGUCCGAGCCGCGUAGCCACAUCCCCCCCCGGUCGAAUCAUCCACACCAGAAGCUGUCAUGUCAUCGGACGCCCUGGCCUAGACUACGCCAUCGAUUGAGCAACGUGUCUCUGACGCUGCAGUGUUUUCCGACGUGUUUUACCAGAGGACCAUGGCGCCUCCCAUCCCCGAUCUCCGCCAAACCCAUGCAUAUAUUUCGACAGGUUUAGGUAUCCGCAUGUGAGGACAAAACUAUUGUGAAUAUAGCGCAGGUGUAUUAGAUGGUACGGAUGAAAUG